UCCGCGGCGUUGUCCCCGCCUGUCCCCGCCCGGAGCUGGGCUGGGGCGGCUGCAGAGCCAGAGCGGCCGGGGCCGUGGGGAGCGGAGAACUCCUGGAGGCUGCGCUUGUCUCCGCAGGUGCUGCAGCAGCGUCCGGGGAGUGGAGACGGCGCGGGACUGAGCUGGCAGCGUCCUCUUGAGCCUCGGUGUCCCGCAGGUCCGGGAGCGGCAGUGACCUCUCAUCAUGUCCCUUUCCGCUCCCCGUGGGUGUAAAGCUGUUGCCGAGGCCGAUCUCCGAAGGACGAUUUUGGCACCCGUGAAGGCUCGGGAUCAAGGUGCUGUAUGUUCCAGGCAGAGAGAUGCCGGCUGCGAGCUGGAGGAGAGUGAAUUCUGCUCGGUUCAUGGGAUUGUGAAGGAGCUGCUGCACCUCCAGGAGGGGCCAGCAGCCGGGGUUGCACACUUGCCUGGGGCGCAAGAAGCCGCUUGUCCUACGCCGGAGGAUGCCACUUUAGAGUGUGAAGUGAGGGAAGAUGCGGAGAAUGGAUUCUGCAGUAACGAUGGGAGUGUGAGGGAGCCCCUGGGUUCCCAGGGCACAUCAGCAGCUGGCAAUGUCCACAAAAGAAUCCUCAGAAGAUUGCUGGGCAAGCGGUUCUGGUCCCAUCCUGUGGCCAUUUGGGUGAGUUCUGUGUUGCUGACUGCGGUGCUGACAGCGGUGCUGAGCCUGGCUGUGCUGUCAGCACGACAGGCUCCAGUUCCACCUGUGCCUGUGCAGGGCUGUCCCUGUGGCUGGGUUGGCUACUGCGGGACCUGCUACUACUUCUCAAGGGACCACGGCACCUGGGAGCAGGGUCAGGAGCGGUGCUCCGAGCUGGGGGCCUCCCUGGCCAUUCUCAAGCAUGAGGAAAUGCAUUGGUUCUUCCGGCUCCGCGGGAACACCGAUUACUGGCUGGGGCUGCGCAGACGGGGCGAGCACCUGCAGUGGGUGGACGGCAGCAACUUCAGCUCCUGGGUUCCUGUCCUCGGCAAUUCAGAGUGCGUGUACCUGGCCGACGAUAAAUUCAGGAGUGCGGACUGCUCCAACGAGCAGCCGUAUCUCUGCAGCAUGGCCCAAACUCCUCCCCUGUGACAGAGGGUGGAGAAAGGACCUUCU